AUGGCGUUGAUGGCGUACUCCCGUUCAAGAAGUUUACAAAUUUUAUUUUUUCUACUAAUUGGUUAUUCAUGCUCCUGUUCAUACCUUGUUUACGUUAACCCAUAUCAUCCGGAGAACCCAAGCGACUUGGAUAUUUCACUGCUUACAACAAUGUCAAAAAGGGGAAAGAGUGUGCUUACUGGAUUGAGUGCUCCAGAAGACGUAUGUACCAUGAGAAUGAUCUAUAAUCAUGAGCCAAGUCAUGGACAUAUGUCUAAUGGGAGCUGGGUGGAAAUUCAGCAAGAUCAAGAGUUCAAUCUAAAAGCAACUUACGUAGAGUGUUUGAGCGAAGAUCGGCCACCUUGCUAUGGAAUUGAUAGAAAACGAUUCACUUCUGAAUGUUUUACCGUGUUCGAUUAUCGUCCGGCUAGUGUUCGCCUCUUUGGUUCUCUUUCUCCAUAUGUUAAAGCUACUGUUAGGAUUCCGAUUUCUUGCCAGUGCCAGGUGCGAGCAAUCGGAACUCUAUUUCGUUAA